AUGUCGCUUCCUACCAGUAGGUCCUGCAUGAGACCUGUGACGCGUAAUGCGCUACAGAUUCUGCGUAGCUUUUCGACAACGGCGGCAAGGUUGAACGAUGUACCUCCCGAGUCCCCCCUUUAUGUUCGACUUCCCCUACCGCCCCAGACCGAAGAAAAGAGGCGCGAACGCGUCCGUGGUUUCCUCCCCGUACCCCGCGACAUCUUUCCGCGCAAGGAUGGUGAGCGAAAGCUAGAUACCGGGUAUCUGGACAAGACUGCACCCAAGCCCCGGACGCCAAAGACGGGAUCUGCCCAGCGUCAAUGGAAGACAGAGGUUGCCGACAGUCGGCGACAAGGCCUUAAAGAGGGCUUGGAGGAGCUCUGGGAGCGCCAUUCGCGAGAUGAUACUGCUCGCUCGCAGCGGUCACGUGAAAAGUUCUUGAAGAACCAUAACCUUGCUGUUGCGUCCGAGCGGGAAGACGACCGCCUCACGCGGAGCACAGUGUUGAAGCCUCUACUCGACACUAAGGUCCACGCCGACCCUAAGCGUUUCUCCCGCGCUGACCGAAGUCGCGACAAGGUCCUAGCUGCCCAGAAUGCCAAACGCGAGGCACGACGGGACGCGCUAAUGGAGCUCUACAUCAGUGCUUCGAAUUUCAUCACCAAUGAGAAGGAGCUCCGCAAGGAGAUCGACGAUGUCUUUAGCGAGGACUACUUCAAGAAGCAGAGUCAGGCUGCUGGCCGCUGGGGCGCUGAGAAUGCUUGGGGUACAUAUGGCCCUCCGCCCUCGGUCAACGGAAUGCUCCAGACGACCACUGGCGCUUCUACCAAGCUUGUCGAUGUCCAUGAGUCCGAGUACGAUCGCUCUGUUAAGAGGCAAAAGAGGAUUGCAGAGGAAUUCACUGGAGGAAAGAUGGAAUAG